GCUGGGCCGCUCGCCGCACUCAGCGCCGGAGCCGGGAGCCCGCGGCAGCCGCCAUGUCCCACCAGACCGGCAUCCAAGCAAGUGAAGAUGUUAAAGAUGUCUUUGCCAAAGCAAGAAAUGGAAAAUACAGACUUUUGAAGAUCUCUAUUGAAAAUGAGAAACUUGUGAUUGGAUCUUGUAGUCAGCCUUCAGAUACUUGGGAUAAGGAUUAUGAUUCCUUUAUUUUACCCUUGUUGGAGGACAAACAACCAUGCUAUAUAUUAUUCAGAUUGGAUUCUCAGAAUGCCCAGGGAUAUGAAUGGAUAUUUAUUGCAUGGUCUCCAGAUCAUUCUCAUGUUCGUCAAAAAAUGUUGUAUGCAGCAACAAGAGCAACUUUGAAAAAAGAGUUUGGAGGUGGCCACAUUAAAGAUGAAGUGUUUGGCACAAUAAAGGAAGAUGUUUCAUUACAUGGAUAUAAAAAAUAUUUGCUGUCACAGUCUUCCCCUGCCCCACUGACUGCAGCUGAGGAGGAAUUACGACAGAUUAAAAUUAAUGAGGUGCAGACAGACGUGAGUGUGGACACUAAGCAUCAAACACUACAAGGAGUAGCGUUUCCUAUUUCUCGAGAAGCUUUUCAAGCUUUGGAAAAAUUGAAUAACAGACAGCUCAAUUAUGUGCAAUUGGAAAUAGAUAUAAAAAAUGAAAUUAUAAUUUUGGCCAACACAACAAAUACUGAACUAAAAGAUUUGCCAAAGAGGAUUCCCAAGGAUUCAGCACGUUACCAUUUCUUUGUGUAUAAACAUUCCCAUGAAGGAGACUAUUUGGAAUCCAUAGUUUUUAUCUAUUCAAUGCCUGGCUACACCUGCAGUAUAAGAGAACGGAUGCUCUAUUCUAGCUGCAAAAGCCCUCUGCUGGAAAUUGUAGAAAGACAGCUCCAAAUGGAUGUGAUUAGAAAGAUAGAGAUAGACAACGGGGAUGAGCUGACUGCAGACUUCCUUUAUGAAGAAGUACACCCCAAGCAGCAUGCACAUAAGCAAAGUUUUGCAAAACCCAAAGGUCCUGCAGGAAAAAGAGGAAUUAGAAGACUAAUCAGGGGUCCAGCUGAAACUGAAGCCACUACUGAUUAAAAUCACUGUUAUUAAGUAUUACAAUACUAGUUUUAUAAAACUCCAGCUUUUAGUACAGGAUAACUGAAAUCAUUCCAUAUUGAUAUAUAGUAGGGGAAAACGUACUUUUUGAAAAUUAGCACUUUUCACUUCUGUGUGUUUUUAAAAUUAAUGUUAUAAGGAAACUCAUGGUUUCUAUUUUUGAGUUAAAGCAAAAAAGGUUUGACAUAGUAAUGUUUAGUUUUGUCACACUGUUUUCAUAGAGUGAUAAUUUCACACUUUCACAUAAUUCUGAAAUUUUGUACAGUUGGGCCAAUUACAGAAAGUCUAAUGUCUCAAAGUAAGAGACACUCUUUGGUGAAACAUCAGAUUUUUUCAUUAAGGAAAAGACAAUGACUAAAAUACUCAUACACAUAAUGAUUAUGUUAAGGGCCAGGUUAUAUUAUUUUCUAAGCUGGAAGCUUAGUGUGCCUACAAAAAGGUGGAAAGUUGCUUACUUUGAGAAUAGUGCUAACUCUCAGAUAGAGGGAUCAUGUCUGCAGCUUUUAGGAACAGUGCUUUAAUGCAGCAGUCUUUUCUAUUAGACUUUUUGUUUUUUUAAAUGGCAUUAAAAUUUCAGAAGAUUAGCUCACUUUGAAACCUUCAAGGAUACCAGAUAUUUUCUAUAAUGCAGGAUUUCUGAUGACAUUGAAAGAAUGUUGAAACAGCGUUGGUAAAUUCUGUUUUAGUGCUUUAAAAAUUUCCAUUUUAAAAGUAAGUCAUUUCAUUAUAAGUAUUAUAAGGCCAAAUAUUUAUGUAUGGGUUGAAUGUUAAAUUAAUACCCAGCAACACCACUAAAGUCAACAGUGUUGACAGGUUUUCAACAUGCUACUUCUUUCCCAACCCAUAUAUAUAAAGGCAAAUUGUGUUCCAUAUCACUUUUGAGCAUAUAUUCAGAUUUAAUAGUUGUUUUUAACAGCCUUUGGUACUUACCACCCUAACACAAAUGAACACUUCAGAAGCUUGUUUCAGUUUAUACUGUAUCUUAAAACAUCUGUUUUCUAAAGCUUUGCAUUUUCAGUUACAAUCUAGAGAGAUUUUGAGCCUCAUUUUUGGUUGAUACUUGAAAUAGAGGGAAAUAGAACACUUCAUAUUUUAACCUGCUGCAGGAGCCAUAACUUUAAGGAAUUUUCUAAAUGAACUGUGGAGAUCCAUGAUUCAGAAUUUCUUCACCUAAACUUUAUGCUGCAUAAAACAGAUCAUAGAAAUGGACAUUUCAUAGUAUAAAGUAUGAAACACUCAUUUUUAUACUUUAUUAUCUAAGGAAGUAUAUGCACCUUUUAGAAAUCCAUUGUAUGUCAAGCAAAGCAUAUCAGAAUAAUGGAUUUUUUUCCCCCUACAAUUAUAAGUAUUUGUGUGGAGUUUUGUUUACAAAUAAUCAGACUAUAAUAUUGAAACAUGCAAAACAAUCAACAGUAAUGUUGCACUUGUUUACUAAAGGUAGACUUUACGUUGUCCCAUGGGUGCACACACACACAGACACACACACAAAUCACUGCAUUGCAAGUCCCAGAACUGUGCUGUAGAACAGAGUGGAAGCUGUUAUUCAGCCAGGAAGACUGUUAACCCAUCUUGAAGGUAUAAAAUAAUUUAGUAGUGAAUGUUUUUAUGUACCAUUCAUGUGCAAUUAUACUCUAAAUUCUACUACACUACAUGAAAGUCAAUGGACAUUCCAGAAUAUAGAUGUGAUUAUAUAGUCUUAAUUAUUAUUAAACCAAUGAUUGCUGAAAAUCAGUGAUGCAUUUGUUAUAUAGAGUAUAACUCAUCGUUUACAGUAUGUUUUAGAUGGCAUCAUCAUAACAACAGGGGGUGAAUAAAAUAUUCCCAAUAAAUUUAUAUAGCGGUGAAGAAGUACAUGCCUUCUGUGGACAUUUUAUAAGUGCAUUUUAUAUUGCAAUAAAAAUCUUUUCUCU